AAAUUAAAUGAUUUUCAUGGAUUUGUUGCUCACUAAUACAUUAUUGAAAAGAUUGCAUGUAAGAGCUUUAUGUGAAAGAAUGUGACCACUCUUUCAUUUGUUGAAUUCCAAAAUUGCGUUGUCUUGAACCUAAUGCCUUGCUAAGGAGAAAAGCUGAUAAAUCAUCAUAUUUUUCGCAAUAAAAUUGGCUACAAAAAGAAAGGUUUGACUUUUGAAAGAUCCAUAAUCCGAACUUGCAACAUACAACAUGUCUCGAUGGAAUCGAGAAUCAUGAAAUAAUAAAUUCCCCAAUACAUCUGUUUAGAAAUUUUUAAUUAAGCUAUAAUUUUUAUUAUUUAUUAUUGCAUAUGAGUGAGUAUUGUUACUGACAUAUAAAAAGGAAUUUUAUUCUUAUGACCCAUACCAUAAAACAUUCUUCCAAAAAUUGAAUUCAAAAUUUUCCCUUUUGAUUAACAUAAUGAAGAAACUUCUGUUUUGACAUAUAUGGACAACGGCAUUUAAAUUGUGUCCAUCAUGAAAAUUUUAUUGGCAAAUUAGAAUUCAAGAGUUGUCUCGUGCUUGUGUCAUAUAGAAAUAAAUGUUUCAAAAACGGAAUUUUCUCAUUGCCCACCUAAUGACAAAACCAUACGCUUGAAAAUUUUGUGAUAUUUUCUCAGCUCCCGAAUUUAAAGAAAUGUUUACUGGUGCAUACUAAAGAGAAAACACUUACAUAUGACACUUGUAGUAAAGAAAUUUUUCAACAAUCACAUUUAAAAAUUUAUUUAAUGUCGCGUACGAACGAGAAAUCCUACCCUUGCGACUUCUGCAACAAAGAAUUUUCCGUGAUUUCCAAAUUCAAAAGACAUUUACGGACGCAUACGGGAGAGAAACCAUAUACAUGCGUGUUUUGCAAGAAAGCCUUUACCCAGAAUGGGAAUUUAAAAGUUCAUUUACGUAUACAUACCGGUGAGAAACACUAUACCUGUGACAUUUGUAGCAAACCCUUUACCGAUAAGAGGUGUUUUAAAAGACAUUUAGAUACGCAUACCGGUGGGAAACCGUAUACCUGUGACAUUUGUAGCAAAACCUUUACGGAUAAGGGAAGUUUCAAAAUACAUUUACGAGCACAUCCACAAAAGAAACUGUAUACAUGCGAGUUCUGUAAAAAAGCCUUUUCUCGGAUCUCGAGUUUAAAAUUACAUUUGCGUCUGCAUACGGGAGAGAAACCGUAUGCCUGUGACAUUUGUAACAAGUCCUUUUCGCUUAAGGGAACUGUCAAAAGACAUUUACUGACGCAUACGGGGGAGAAACCAUAUUUAUGUGAAGUUUGUAACAAAUCCUUUUCGCUUCGGGUGACUUUGCAAAUACAUUUACGUACGCAUACGGGGGAGAAACCGUAUGCAUGUGAAUUUUGUAAUAAAUUGUUUUCGCAUAGGUGUCAUUUAAAAGUGCAUUUACGUACGCAUACGGGAGAGAAACCAUAUUCAUGCCAGUUUUGCGAGAAAGCCUUUUCCAGGAAGGGGAAUUUAAAAGCGCAUUUAUGUACGUAUGCCGGUCAGAAACCAUAUUCAUGCGAGUUUUGCGAGAAAGCCUUUAUCAGGAAGGAGAAUUUAAAAGUGCAUUUAUGUACGCAUACCGGUGAGAAACACUAUACCUGUGACAUUUGUAGCAAACCCUUUACGGAUAAGAGGUGUUUUAAAAGGCAUUUAGAUACGCAUACCGGUGAGAAACCGUAUACCUGUGACAUUUGUAGCAAACCCUUUACGGAUAAGAGUUGUUUUAAAAGACAUUUACGAGCACAUACACAAGAGAAACUGUAUACAUGCGAGUUCUGCAAAAAAGCCUUUUCCCAGAACUGGCGUUUAAAAGUACAUUUGCGUCUGCAUACAGGAGAGAAACCGUAUACCUGUGACAUUUGUAACAAGUCCUUUUCGGUUAAGGGGGCUGUCAAAAGACAUUUACUGGCGCAUACGGGGGAGAAACCAUAUUUAUGUGAAUUUUGUAACAAACCCUUUUCGGAAAAUUGGCGUUUGAAUAGUCAUUUACGUACGCAUACUACAGAGAAAACGUAAACAUGUGAAUUUUUAUUCUCAGCAGCCUAAACUCAUUGACUGACGCAUACGAAUGAUAAAUUCCAUGUUUGGAAAUUUUGUAACAAAGCCUUUAAUGCAUUUAGUUUAAAAUUAUAUUUGCGAAUACAUAUGAUAAAGAAACCGUAUGUUUGUGAAAUUUGCAGUAAAAGGUUUUCUGAGCGGCAUGGAUUAAACUUGCAUCUCAUGAUCGAUUUGGAAAAGAAAUAGUAUGCAUGCGACAUGUGCAGUAAACCAUUUUUUUCAGCAUUCUGAUUUAAACAUACAUCUGAGGGCGGAUAUGAAAGUGAAACCGCAUGCAUAUGACAUCUGUAAAUAUACAUUUUCUUGUAUAUAAAAUUUAAAAGUUCAUUUUCGAAUGCAUACGAAAAAGAAACCGUAUUCAUGUGAAUUUUGUAAUAUAAGAUAUUUUCAUUCUAUUUCUUUAAUGCAUUUGCCAAAUAUCAUAGAAAAUGAAUGAAUAUACAGAUCUGAUGUUGAACGCUUAUUAAUGGGUGAACUUCAUUUUAAAGAGAAAGACUUAUAAUAAUGAUUUUUUUUUUUUAGCAAGUUAAUGUUUCAGAAAACAUAGGCAAAAAAAUAAAUAAAUAAAGGCUAUUUAUUUUAUUCAUAUAUAUUGAAAUAAUCUCUUCUAGAAAUUCUGUUUUGUAUGACACAAUGCAUGCUUACUGUUAUUAUGCAGGGUAAUUCGUAUACUUAAAUAAAUAUUUCAACCAUUCAGGGCUAUUGAAGUAAAAAAAACAAAGUGAAAUCUUGUUGUUCAUCCGAAAUUAUAAAUAACAAUUAAAAAAUUAACACAGUAAUAAAUGUUCAGUAGAAGCACUUCCAAAAAUAUGAACAAUAUCAAGGCGAUACGAUUACUCAUCCCAUAUCCUUUUAGUUUCUCCAAUAUCACGCUUUGAAAGUCUGAAGAUAUGCACGUUUUAAGUUUAUGAACAUCAUUUUUUAACGGAGGGGGGACAAACACCUGCAAUUUGCUGUAGCCGCAAGAGAAAAAAGAAUCAAGUGUCACCCGACACGCAUAUUCGCUACCUUUCAACGCUUCACACCGGGUAUGCAGAGAAGUGUGGAUGUGUUAUCGUACUUCGAUAUCCUUCGCGUUUCCCGACUGACUCGCAUUGAACUCUUUUAACUGCUUCGAAUUUAAAUUUUCACUUGUUAUUUUUGAUAAAUAAGAAGAUUGUUUUCUAUUAACAGACCGGGAAAUUUAGGAUAUUCUUGUGUAAAUCACUUUAUAUUCCGUGAAACAUGUAAAUGAAUAUUUAUGUCUUAAUUACUUAUUUCAUGGGAAGUCAGCUUAUCCAUGUGAUCAUGUUUCAUACACAUGCUUUAAUAUGUUUCUAAUAAAAAUUUGUAUUUUAUUGAAAAGUAUUGCAAAUUAAAGUACUUUUCUUUUGCUAUUGUGUGUUCCUAUAAAUGUAUAAUUUUUGUGACAUUUUGUACCUUUUUAAAGUUUCAAAUUUGUGAUUUAUUAUUAGAAAUAUAAAAUGUAAUAUGCAGAAGUGUGACUUUGUACGGAUGUGUUUCAAUUAUGGAAUUUAUAUAACAUGUUUUCUUGCUUUAAAUUUGCAUCUUAUAUUGAACCAUUUUGUAUCGAAUAGUUCUAAAUUUUCCCUUAAAUUUCGAAUAUAAAAUUUUGAUUAAAAAAUUAAAAUUUAGAAUGGUCUGUGCUUCAUUGUGCAUUUGAUUUUUGAUAAUGUAAUGAUAUAACUAUUAG